GUUCCGGGAAAGAAACGGCGGUUCUCUUGGUCGUCGACGGCGCAUGGAGUGUGCCGCGCGUGGCUUUACGACGCGGUGCGUUGGUCCACCGACGCGGAGGUGUGGCCAGUGUGGUGCUGUAGCGUAUUGCUCCGUCUCUCAUCAGACUUCACAUUGGAGCUAUCACAAGGAAGAAUGUGAAAGAUUAGAAGAGCAAAUGCGUCGUGUUGAUCUGUUAAAUGAUUUCCCAUUUACAUUUACAGAAGAAGCUACGGUUCAGGUUAGUCGAAAACAAGAGAGUAGGUGCUCGUUUCUCAGCAAAAGGGAUUUACGUCAUGUUGGAAUGUGGAUGUAUGAGUGUAACUGUGGAGCCUCUGCUUCUUUUUCGUCUUAUCAUAGUUUUAAAAAUGAAGGUUGGCAUCUGCCGAGCUCUUCGUGUCCAUGUCGUGGCCCUUUAUAUCCAGUUACAAAGGAGCUUUGUAGUUGGACGGAUUAUUUCGAGUGGAGAAAGAUACCUUUAGAUUCUCCUGUAGCUCUACUUCUCCACUGGCCACUUACGAUAUAUCAUGCAAUUCAAGCCAUUGGGAUGGGAAAUUUGACUCCCCAAAUAAGUGAUGAACUUCGUAUACAUUAUCUUGGGCCUCAGAAAGAGCUUGGCCAACUUGGUGUCUUCGCUGAACUGCUAGCUCUCUUCCCUGGUUUGCGCAUACGCAUAGAGCUUGUUGGACCUGACGUUCCACAACAAUUGGAUGGAGAGAUGAUCUCGCUUAGCAGAUACUCCCCUUGCAUGGAAGAAGAAUGCGAAUGUAAGUAUUCAUGUGAAAUUCCCAAUCCCGGUAAAGAAUCUGCCAUGUCUUCAGCUGUGUCGUUACAGCUCCAUAGAGGAUUUUACCAUGAUCGUUACAGUGACAUAACAAAGGAUUCACCUCUUCCUCACAUAGUGAUUGCGCCAAACGCCGGUGUCGCUGCAUAUCCAAGUUGGUUGCCAACUAUUGAACUGAUAAAGGAGAUAAAAGUCCCAGCUGUAUUCACUGAUUACUGUGAAGAAGCUUGUCAUCUGGCGGCUUGUUGCAUUAAAACAAUCACAGGACAACCUCUAUCAUUACCUAUUGAGUUGAAUCCAUUUAGACAGCCGAUGGCGGUGGAGGAGAGUCCUCUGUUUAUCCCUUGCUACUCAAACUGCUUCAUCUUCGCAAUGUAAAACUCCUUAAUUAUUGAUUGACUGACUCUGUGGUUCCUGUUAUGGUCUGAGAGGGACCAGACCAUUUUAUGGACCAACAUUAUCUAUUCAAUAAAUGUAGAAAAAAUGUCACAUCAUUUUGUUUUGGUUGUUGUAGUUAUUUAUGUGGAUAGGACCAUCAAGUGCAUUUACAUACAAUCACAUUGUAGUCUUUUAAUUCUUAGGUGAACAUUUUUUA